AUGAGCUUUCACGCUGAGUUUGCCGAACAGCAGCAGUCCAACCAAAUCAACGAACCAACAUCCCUGUUAGCCAUGAAAACAUCAGAGGUGACCACAAGAAUGUCAGUAAGAAUGUUACGACAGCAGGAUGAAAUGGUGGCCAACAAACGCAUAACCAUAUUAAGACGUCCACGUUUGAGACGGCACCCGAAUCUUCCUGACACUCCUCGACCAGGGGUGCCGCAGAAAUGUGACGGCGCGGCAGCAGCAGUGGGAUAA